GUUAUUUGUCGCCAUUUGUAAAGUCUCUUUUUCUGGAAGCAGAUCCACAGAAGUGAACUUUUGCCGAGGGAAUUAUGACUAGCAUCGGAGAUUUAUUUACUAAAUAUUAUUGUACAUAUUGCCAAGAUGAUAUAUCUGGAAUUCGUGUGCAUUGUGCAGAAUGUGAAAAUUUUGAUUUAUGCCUUCAGUGUUUUGCUUCUGGUGCGGAGAUAGGUGCACAUCAAAACAAUCAUGCUUAUCAAUUCAUGGAUACUGGAACGGCCAUAUUGUCAGUAUUUCGUGGCAAAGGGGCUUGGACAGCCAGGGAGGAGAUACGUCUUUUGGAUGCUAUAGAACAAUACGGCUUUGGUAAUUGGGAGGAUAUAAGCAAACAUAUUGAAACUAAGUCUGCAGAAGAUGCCAAGGAAGAGUACGUAAAACGAUUUGUUAAUGGCACUAUUGGUUUACAUACUUGGACACCCGCGCAAUCCCAAAGACCACUGCUAGUGGAUCAUACAUCUGAGGAUAAUGGGCCCUUGGGCGCAACAGCUUUACAGCGUCUACCGCCUUUGGACAUAACCAGCGAAGAAGCCGCUCAAUUGGGCUACAUGCCCAACCGUGAUGGUUUCGAAAGAGAAUAUGAUCCCACAGCUGAACAACUAAUAUCAACAAUGUCGCUUAGCACAGAAGACACUGAAGCUGAUUAUUUAUUGAAAUUAGCACAUGUAGAUAUGUAUACACGCCGUUUGCGAGAACGUGUACGUCGCAAGCGUUUGGUGCGCGAUUAUCAAUUAGUAGCGAAUUUUUUUCGAAACCGUAAUUAUGCUCAACAUCCUGGCAUGACACGGGAACAAAAAGAGUUUCGGGAUCGGUUUCGUGUGUUUGCACAGUUUUACACCUCUAAUGAAUAUGAACGUCUCUUAAUGUCUUUGGAACGGGAAAAAGAGCUGCGCAUCCGACUUGCGGAGUUAUGCCGUUAUCGUUAUAAUGGACUGACUAAAAUUGACGAAUGCCGCCACUUUGAGCAACAUGCUGCAAUGGCAUUGAAUCGCUCAACUGGACCCUACGGUCAUGGAAAAACGGACAACAUGCAUCUCAGCACUGGAAGUCGUCGGCUGCCAGGCUCUUCCUUACACUCUCCACAGCACAGCAGCAGAAAACCCGAACUGUCAAACGGAAGCGAGGCAAAUCCAAGUUCAAUCGUGUUAAGAAACACGCUCCACACCGGCGACCUGACCUCCUCCGGCGCAUCAUUGCACAACAGAAAUUACUUGGAUAGCUGUCGGGAAUCGUCGGCUCUUACGACGAUAUCGCAAGCGGGGAUGAUAGCGGGAGCGGGCAUGAUGACCACAAAACUAUCGAACGGAAAUCUACAACAGUUAUUACCAAUACAGCAGCAGCAGUACACAACGAUGAUGGCGAUAAAAAAUCAACAACCGCCACAACUGCAAAUAAACGACGUCGUCGUAGGCGAAAAGCAAAACUUACAACAACUCUUGCUACAGGAAAGUAAUAAUAACAUAGAUAUUAAACCACAACACUCCCCAGUAACCGUAUCUAUGAGUAAUAUUUUGCGCGCACAAUUGGAUGAACUAAAACAUCUACCACAACCCUUGGGUAGCAACUUACUAUCCACUAAUGAACAACAGGUUUGCAAAGACUUUAACCUGCCACCUACAACAUAUUUAUCACUAAAAACAGUUUUACUAAGCGGUGCCCCUUUAGUUAAUAAUUUGUCGCCGAUUGAAAAUUCUUUGCGAAAGUACUUUGUAAAAGUAGGUUGGCUAAGUCACUAGAUUUAAUGUAAAUACCAUUUAUAGCAAAAAAAAAAUAUGUAUUUAUAUACACAUAAGAUGAGCACAUCAUCAAGUGCAAGAAAUCAUAAAUUAUUCAACAAGUUGGAAUUUCCUAAAUUUCAUGUCUGCUAAUUAUGACGCCCACUGAUAGCAUCUCACUUGCUAUCGAUUUAUUAAACGUUUUAUAUUGAUUAAUUUUAAAAUAGGCGAUACGUACAAUAUUAAUUUAAGGCGAUUAAUUUCCAUUCAUAUUUUAAUAUUUGCCCAUGAAUACCUGCAUCGCAUCAAAACACGUAUGCAUAUUUAGUAUUAUAAAUAGUAUCUUAACGCUUACUUGUAUCAAGUUUUCAACUAUGGUUUCUUAAAACCAUUUUUGGGAUUAAAAAAUGUUUAGAAGUUUCAAAACACAUUGUAUGUGUCAAAAUAAACAUAAUUUGUUGAUAUGUUUAGUUAGUGAGUUAUUUUAUUAGCGAGUAUUUAAACCAAUAAAAUAAAAAAUGUCAAGAAAUAAUAAAUAAAA